AUGAGAGACAUGCUCAAUGUUACACAACAGCCUUCAGAGAAACCUGACACUACUAAGGUCACUGGUCAAAUACCUUACUCAAACCCUGUAGGCUUUCUUCCUCCUGAUGGAGGGACUCCAAUACCAACAAUUCCAGUUACUCCAUCUUCCACUCAAACGCUUGAUCUGUCUAGUAUUGGUUUCUCUUUUCCUACUAGAGCAACACUUCAAGAGCUGGAGUUUGGAUCAGUGACAUCAAUAGAUGAGGAACUACUUGAAGGUGAUGGAGAUGAACUACAGAAACUUGGAAAAGCACAAGGGGUGUAUGUGGCUAGCUCAGAGGAUGGAAGUAGCAAUAUGGUGGCUAUGACAGCAAGUUUUGUGAAGGGUGAGUACCAAGAUGGACUCAGACUUUUUGGAGUGUACAGGACUGAUGUUUUUGAGUCACAUGUUGCAGUUAUUGGAGGCACUGGAAAGUACUAUGGUGCCAAUGGUUAUGCUGCAAUUAAGGUUGUGGAUAGAGUAGGGUCUUCUAGUACAGAACAAGGAAAAGUCACAAGUUCAAAGUUCCUUUUGUUUGAUGUGUAUCUUAGUUAG